AUGGCCGAGGAGGGCGCCGAGGGUGCCGAGCCCGAGGCGGACGCCGAGGAGCUCGACGCCGAGGCGGAGGAGCUGGAGCACGAGGAGGCCGAGGAUGGCGCAGAGGACUUCGAGGGUCCCGUGGAGGCCCACUGGCCUCAGCGCGGCCGCGUGCACGUGGCGGUGGACGCGGCCGGGAACGCCGCCGAGGUGGGGCAGGGCGGCGGGGUCGUCAUGCGCAGGCACAACCACACCAGCGGCACCGACCUCGACGACCUGGAGGAGGAGAGGACUCACUGGUCGAGGAGGACGCCGACCUGA